AUGGGUGCUUUCAGUGAGUGGAGGCUUGGCGCUGCCUUGGCGCGGCCGAUCACGAGCGCGCUCGGCCUCCCCCCCUGGCCCUCCGAUUUCCGGAGUCCUUCCCUCCUCAACGCUCUUGGCAGCGACGUCGAGUCGCCGCCACUUCCCCAGUGCUCGGGCGGAGCAGACGGCAGUCAACGAGCCACCCCCGAGGCCGCACUGCCACACUGUUCCCACGACUUCGCCAUGAUGCAAUGUGAACACAAUGAACUCCACGCCCUUGCGAGGGUGCGCUGCGCGUUGACGCCCUCCGUGGUCGCGCCUUGGCUGUUGCCGGCUGAGCGUGAGCCCCAGAUGGAAAGAGGCCGCCGUGGACAGGGAGAGGAGAAGAAAGAUGCACAGCGCCACCUGCAGCUCUUCGGCAUCCCCAACCUGGAGCUGACCAGCCACAAAGGAAGCCGCCAAGGGCUUCGGCACAGCAUCUCCCUGGACGUCUUGGCAGUCUCUCCAAAGGCAAAUUCGGCGAUUUCGGAGAAGACACCGAAGAAGCGGGAAAGUUGUCCCCAGGCGAUUGCGCCAGAGUUUUACGCACAGCCACCUCGACCCACUCGUGGACUUCCCAUCAAGGCCAAUUUCGCUCGCCUCACAGGACCAGCGCUGCGGGCCCUGGCCGAAGCCGAGGUGGUGGAGAUCUCCGAGGCUUCCCGCGAGUUGCCGCUCCCGCGGGUUUCCCGGACUCGGGUGAGCUUCAAGCCUCCGUCCCGUGCCUUGGAGAUGCAAGAUCCCAGCAAACCUUCCGAUCUGACGAAAACCAGCGCGCAGAGUCUGACGACUGCAGCAUCGCAUGGAGCCUCGCAAGCCUCCUUGGCCUCCACCGGUUCCUUGCAUGAGGCCUCUCCGGUGGAGACAUCUCCGCUUGCAGGGACCUCUCCGCUCGCGGAAACCUCUGAUGUUAGCUGA